AUGAAAGCUUACCAGCGGAACUACACACUUUGUGUUACAAACAAGCAUCAAAUAGAAAUUCAUGGUUUUUGCGAUUCAAGUCAAAACGCAUAUGGCGCUUGCGUGUAUUUACGUUCCCAGAAUCCCAGUGGGAACUAUGAAGCACGAAUUUUAUGCUCAAAAAACCGAGUUGCCCCUUUGCAAACACAAACCAUUCCCAGACUUGAACUGUGCGGCGCAGUUCUCUUAGCUAGAUUAGUUCAUAAAGUUAAGCAAGCCUUGAUAAACUUUGAUGUCCAGGAGUGUCAUUACUGGACUGAUUCCACUAUUGUGUUAGCAUGGAUUCGAACGCAGCCUACACUAUUAAAACCAUUCGUAUCACAUCGGAUAUCAGAGAUACAGUCCUUAACACCUGAAAAUAAUUGGCAUCACGUUUCAUCAGAACAGAAUCCUGCGGACAUUUUGUCCCGCGGGGAUAAUCCCCGUCAUUUGCAGUCCUUCCAACUUUGGUGGAAUGGACCGACCUUUUUAACUAGGACUGAUUUACCGUACGAACAUUUAAAUGAUUCGUCACAUGUUGAUUUGCCGGAACUAAAGUUAACAUGUUGUCUUGCGACCAAAAAUUCCACCGAAUUUCUACUACGUUACUCGGACUUUGAUAAAUUGUGUAGAAUUACUGCCAUAAUAAUGCGAUUUAUUCAGAAUUUGAGAAAUAAGGACAAUAAAAAAUCUGGUCAUGUAACAAGCAAAGAAAUCAUAGAAGCACAUAAUUUAAUAAUAAAAUUAGUUCAAAAAGAAGCUUUUCAGGAUGAUAUACAUCAACUUAAGUUGCAUAAUCAAAUCACGAGUAACAGUAAAUUAAAAGGUUUAAAUCCGUUUAUUGAUAAUUCUGGUUUUUUAAGAGUUGGUGGUAGACUAAAUCAUGCUAAAAUCAGUAAUGAUCGCAAGCAUCAGUUGUUAUUGCCGAGAGACCAUUUUGUUACUCGUUUAAUAAUUGAAAAAUAUCAUAAGGAUAACCUUCAUAUCGGUUGUCAGGGAACCUUGUCUGCAGUACGCUGCAAAUAUUGGCCCAUUUCAGCCAAAAAUACAAUUCGACGAACAAUAUUCAAGUGUCUAAAAUGUUACCGCUGCAAGCCGGUACCAUUCAGUCAAUUAAUGGGGGAUCUUCCUAAAACUCGCGUAACACCUUCACGACCAUUUUUUAUUACAGGUGUAGACUAUGGUGGUCCUUUUAUUUUAAAAAAUGGACACGGCAGAACCCAAAAAACCAUCAAGGGUUAUGUCGCUGUUUUUGUUUGCUUCAGCACUCGUGCCGUGCACAUCGAGCUCGUAUGCGAGUGCUCAUCUUUAGCGUUUUUAAAUGCAUUGAAAAGGUUUAUUUCACGCAGAGGUCAACCUCAUGAGCUCCAUUCUGAUAAUGGUACUAAUUUCGUUGGAGCGAAUCGAUAUCUAAAAGAAUUGUUCCAAUUAUUUCGAACUAAAUCUUUCGAAAACGUAGUUCUUAAAUCUUUAACGAAUAUGGGUAUUAAUUGGCAGUUCAUUCCUCCGCACGCUCCACACAUGGGUGGGAUAUGGGAGGCAGCGAUAAAAUCUGUAAAGGGUCAUUUAAGGCGCAUUCUAGGCAACGUUCUUCUCAAUUACGAAGAAAUGAACACGAUUUUAAUUAUGAUAGAGGCAUGCUUAAAUUCCCGACCUAUUACUCCACUUUCAAAUGAUCCAAACGACCUCUCCGCUCUCACCCCUGCUCAUUUCCUCAUUGGUGGUCCACUGACUGCACCCGCAGAAGAAGACUGUAGCGACAUACCUACCAAUCGCCUGAUUCGCUACCAACUUCUGGAGAAAAUUCGCCAAGAUUUCUGGAGACGUUGGUCGCGCGAAUAUCUCCACUCGUUACAACACAGGGCGAAAUGGCAACGAGUUCCAGCGCGACAGCCACAAAUUGGAGACCUGGUAAUAAUCUGCGAGGACGGCAUCCCACCCCAACAAUGGCCUCUUGGUCGUAUACAGGAACUGCACCCGGGAAGCGACAAUCAGUGCCGCGUAGCAACGGUGAAAACAGUGCGCGGAGUGCAUAAAAGGCCUGUAACCAAACUUUGUGCUGUGCCAGUUCAGUGA